AUGGCCUCAGAACGAGAGAAAUAUCUUGCUGUUCUCAAGGCAUCCUAUGACUACGACCCACAAGCUGAUGCUGAGGAUGAGUUAGCUCUCAAGGAGAACCAACUGCUCUUCCUCUUGGAGCGUACAGACGACGACUGGUGGAAGGUCAAGAUUAAACCGGAUUCACAGGAUGAAGAGGGUCCUUCUGGUCUCGUACCGGCGGCAUAUGUCGAACUUGCCGACCCAAUACAAGUCGUCAAAGUGCUUUACGACUAUGAAGCAACCCAGCCGACUGAGUUGACCGUGAAAGAGGACGAAGUCUUGCAUGUGUAUGGCAAGGAUGAAGAAUGGUUCUUGGUGAUGAGCCCAGAGGAGGAGGGCAGGGUGGGAUAUGUUCCUGGUAAUUAUGUUGAAGAGACUAGCGGCGACGAUGAAGGGGGUGCCGCGCCUGCCGCCUCUACUUCCAUCUCAUCCAUUGUCGUCCCCGACUCGCCCCCACGACCCCCGCGACCGGUCAGCACAUAUGUGGACCCUGCGGAUCGAGUCGCGGCCGCUUCAAACAAGGCCCAGGCGGACUCCAUCCAGACGUGGUCGAUAUCGGAGGUCGACACGAAGGGCAAGAAGAAGAAGGGCACGCUUGGGAUAGGCAACGGUGCAAUGUUCUUCGCGAGCGAAUCCGACAAGAACCCCGUGAGGAAGUGGCAGACGUCCGACGUGCAGUCCUCGAAGGUUGAGAAGUCGAAACAUGUCCACAUCGAAGUCGGCGGGCCGGACGCGGCAAGCUUACACUUCCACGCGGGCUCCAAGGACAACGCCGAAGCGAUCAUGGCGAAGCUCGAGUCCUCCCGUGCGCUUGCCGGUGGGGACGCCGUGGCCACCAACGGGACUUCUUCACCUCGUCCGGUUGAUGGCUCUCCCAUAGAGCGUCCCAGGAGCGUGGCGAAAUCAGUGCACUUUGCCCCAGACGAGCCGGACGUCAUCCCGCCCUCGGAGAGGUAUCAGGAUGCGGAACCGGAGGAGGAGCCGGCAGAAGAGCAGUACGAGGCUCCGUCGCACGCUGAAGUUCAGACGGAGGACGGCGUUCCCGCCGUGGCUUUAUACGACUUCGCUGCCGACGGCGAAGAUGAGCUCAGCGUUCGCGAAGGGGAGACGCUCAUCGUGUUGGAGAGGGACAGCGACGAAUGGUGGAAGUGCAGAAACUCUGACGGCCUCGAAGGCGUCGUUCCCGCAAGCUACAUCGAGGUGGUCGGUGGCGCUGUGCCACCUGCACCAUCCAAUAACCGGGCGGCUGAAGAGGCUGCAGCGAAGACGCAAGCCGCGGCCGCAGAGAAAGCCGCUAGGGAUGCGGCUGCCCGAGAGGAGUCCGAACGUCGUGCUGUCGCGGAGCGCGAACAAGCUGACAAACGGAAGAAGAAGGAAGAGGCAGAGCAACGCGCGAAGGCAGCAGCGGUUGCCGCUGAAGCCGACAAGAAGCGGCGCGAGCAGGAGCGGGAUAGGCAAAAAGAGAAGGAGCUCCAAGCCGCAGAGGAUGAUGCGAAGCGGAAGAAGCAGCAGCAGACCGAGCAACAGCGUAAGAAGAGUGGCGAGCAAAGCCGAUCGUCGACCGACAAGCGUGGCCCGCCCCCGGAAGCGCUACGUGAGUGGAGGGAUCGCACUGGCCAGUUCCGCGUCGAUGCGGCAUUCCUCGGGUUCACCAACGGCAAGAUUCGUCUGCAUAAGGUCAAUGGAGUCGUCAUCGAGGUCCCAGCAGAGAAGAUGUCCGAAGACGACUUGCGAUACGUCCAGAAGCUCACCAAGCAGAGGCACCAGUCCCACCGCAAAUCUGAUGAUGAUGACGAGCCACUCGAGCUUCGCAGACGAUCCUUGGUCCCCGAUGCUGCUGCUAAACCUUCGCCUAGAGCCUCGCCGCAGAAGAAGGGGCCAACGAUUGAUUGGUUUGAAUUUUUCCUCAACGCAGGCUGCGAUAUGGAUGACUGCACACGCUACGCAACCUCAUUCGAGAAAGACAAGAUCGACGAAGCCAUCCUUCCGGACAUCACAGAGAGCACCAUGCGUUCACUCGGUCUUCGUGAAGGCGACAUCAUUCGCGUCAAGAAGGCCAUUGAACAGCGGAAGUCCAAGGACUCCUCAGAUGUCCAUAGUGAACAGCUGCGGAAAGACGAAGAGUUGGCUAGGCAGCUCCAAGCUGAAGAGAAUGGCUCGAACCUCAAGUCGAGGAGUCCUGCACCCAACCUGUUCGCCGGUCCAAACGGCGAAAUCAAGAACAUACGUCGCGGGAGACCACAGCCUAGCAAGAGCGGACCUCCGGCCAGCGUCAACAUUCAGUCGAUCUCGACAGCCUCUGAUCAAAUCAUCAGGACAGGUUCUCCCAUGGUUUCCAGCCCGGAUGCCAUUGCCCCAUCGUCAAGUCCCGCACAAGCGCCACCCAAGGCUGCUAUUGUAGCCCCCGCGGUUAGCGGAUUCGACGACGACGCCUGGACAAACAGGCCGAGCUCAACGAAACCUCUAGCGCCGACUCCUCCUGCUCGCGCUCCCUCGGCACCCCCUGCCCCUCCUCCGCCUCCCGCUCCGCCUGUGGCUGAUACCGCAGCACCCCCCGCGCCUGCUGUCGCUGUCAGUCCCCCGCCCGCUCGUGCGGCAUCGGUUGCCUCAGGAGCGCCCGCACCGAACCCAGAGAACGACAUUUUCGACCAGCUUGCCCGCAUUGCCUCUAUCCGCGUGAGCACUCCCCAAGCACCUCAGCCAAUUACCGCUGUGGCUUCUGCUCCCGCGCGCGCGACGACGCUAUCCCCACCGCAAACGCUGUCUCCCCCCAUGGGCUUCCAGUCUGGCAUGGGCAUGGGCGGCUCUCCCGUGUCUAUGGGUCAGGCUUUGCAAGCUCAAGCGACCGGGAUGCUCGCUCCUAUGAACGGUCCGCGUGGUCCGUUCGCGCCUGUCCCAGCGAAUCAAGCCCUGCUCCAGCCCCUUGUCCCGACAACGACAGGUUUCCAGGGCUUCGUGCCAACACGCCCGGGAUCAACGCCGUCGAACUUUCAGCCAUCUGCAGCUCUUUCACCGUUCAACUCGUCCCCUCAAUCGUUGCUCCCACAAACGACCGGAUUCCCUGGUAUGGCGCCAUCUGUCAUGUCGCAGCCUACGGGCUUCCAGCCUCAGCCGAUGAUGUCGCAACCCACGGGCAUGCCAGGCAACAACUUCGGCAUGAACGGCAUGAACAACGGCAUGGGCGGUGGCAUGAACUCGUUCGGGUCCACUCCGGGCUUUGGCGGCAUGAACACCAUGCAAAUGAAUCCGACAGGCUUCAAUCCCGUUGCGAUUAAUCCCACUGGCUUCAACCCUGGAUUCGGCCAGUCGCCCUUCGCCAACCCUACUCCCCCGCCUCAGCCGUCCCAGCCACAGACCAAUACCACUCCUGCGAACAUCUUUGCGUCGAUGAAGAGUGGCACGUUUGGCCAAGACGACAACACGCCACAGGACGCGAACAAGUACGAUGCCCUCCGUCCGAAUCCUACGCCGCUGAUGGCGCAGCCUACCGGAUGGGGAGGGUUCGGUGGAUCUACUGGAUACCAGAAUGGCUAUGGUUACCAGUGA